AGGAGAGGAGCCUGGGCUCGGGCGCCAUCUUGGCCAGGCCUGGCCCUCCCUCGGUGGGUGUGUUGGGGGCUCCGACUCCCUCAGCCUCGCCCUCCUCAGGGCCGGAGCCUCUCGCCCCGCAGCCGGCUCCACCAGUUCUCCCAGGCCUCACACUUUGAAAGUCAUUUGAGGGAAGAGGUGGACACAUCUUCAUCCAUUUUGGCAGCAGCCUAGAAGCACAGAACCAAAAUGGAAGGGCAAGAGCCAGCUGCCACCCAAUUAAAAAUAUUUCCUUCUGUUGAGGCAGAGAACAAUAGAACAUUCUGGAAGGACUUUUGGGGGAAAGACCAGGAGAGCAAUCACUUCCAUUCAGACCUUCGGUGCCAGCACUUCCGGCAUUUCCGCUAUGAGGAGGCCUUGGGGCCCCGGAAGGUGUGCAGCCGCCUCCACUCUCUCUGCCGCCUGUGGCUGAAGCCGGAGCAACACUCCAAAGCGGAGAUGCUGGACCUGGUGAUCCUGGAUCAGUUCCUGGCCGUCCUUCCUGUGGAGAUGGAGCUCUGGGUGAGGGAAUGUGGGGCAGAGACCAGUUCCCAGGCCGUGGCUUUGGCUGAAGGAUUCCUCCUGAGUCAGAAAGAGGAGAGGAAGAGGGAGAAGCUCCAGGAAUCAUUUGCAGAUGAGACCAGUCAGGUGGAAAAGUCUCAUUCAGACACCAUGUGCGUUGUCCAGACUGGAAAUGGAGCAUAUUUGACAGUUGGCAGUGAAACAUGGGGAAUUGAUAGUAGCACAACUUUCCAUGAUUCUCUUCUAAGAAGUGAUUCUGUGGGACCAGAUCAGGUGACUUUUGAAGAUGUGUCUGUGGAUUUCUCAGAGGAGGAGUGGGCCCUCUUGGAUCCAAGCCAAAAAGCCUUGCACCAGCAAGUCAUGGAGGAGAAUUUAGGGAUUGUGUCAUCCCUGGGUAAAGCUCCAUUAUGCUUGUACUUUAGCCAAAAGGGAAGCCUUAUUUGUCAUCAGGCAACUCACACAGGAGUAAAACCAUUUAAAUGCUUGCAGUGUGAAAAGAGCUUUAGUCAUAAGGGAAACCUUAUUCGUCAUCAUGCAACUCACACACGAGAGAAGCCAUUUAAAUGCUCAGUGUGUGAAAAGAGCUUCAGUCAAAAGGGAAACCUUAUUAGUCAUCAGGCAACUCACACAGGAGUAAAGCCAUUCAAAUGCUUGCAGUGUGAAAAGUGCUUCAGUCACAAGCACCACCUUAUUAGUCAUCAGGUAACUCACACAGGAGUAAAGCCAUUCAAAUGCUUGCAGUGUGAAAAGUGCUUCAGUCACAAGCACCACCUUAUUAGUCAUCAGGUAACUCACACAGGAGUAAAGCCAUUCAAAUGCUUGCUGUGUGAAAAAAGCUUUAGCCAAAAGGGAAGCCUUAUUAGUCAUCAGGCAACUCACACAGGAGAGAAGCCAUUUAAAUGCUUGCAGUGUGGAAAGAGCUUCAGUCAACAGAGCAGCCGUAUACGUCAUCAGGCAACUCACACAGGAGAGAAGCCAUUUAAAUGCAUGCAGUGUGAAAAGAGCUUCAGUGAAAAGAGAAGCCUUAUUCGUCAUCAGGCAACUCACACAGAAGUAAAGCCCAUUUAAAUGCACAGUGUGUGGAGAGAACUUCAGUCACAACCACGGCUUUAGUUGUCAUCAAGGAAAUCACACAGUGGAAACAAACCAGAGUGUGGAAAGAUCUGCAGUUGAAAUACAAGCCUUCUUUUUAAAUUGUCAACCCACAAGAUAAAAAUGAGUUAAAGGCAGCAUCCCUUGUUUUACAUCAGAGGGGGCAUGAAUCCUUGUCAUAGAAACACUGAAUUAAAAAGCCUGAUUGAUUUUCUUUGAUGAAAUAUCUCAUUAAGCAUAACUGAUAAUAUUUUGAGAGCUAAAGGAAAGAUAUUUCUGGAUUUUUCAUCCAUUCAUGUAUUUUUAUUAUUGCAAAUAUUUCCUGUCAUGUAUAAUCAGGAUUAAAAAGACAUUUAAUUGAGAAGUUUGAUGAGAAGUGGGUUUGAUAAUGAGUAACAGCCCUGUGUGCCAUGUAAUUCUAUGUAUGUGGGAAUGGGUUUUCUUUUAAGAAAUACCUAAUAAAGCAUAACUGAUA